GUGAUCAUGUAAUCAUGAUUCCUGAGGACUGGUUCCAUCAGAAACUUGAUGACAAGUUUGCCAAAUGGCAAGAUAAGAGUUAUACACCAAUCACCCAUUCCAAGACACUUGUGGUCGAGCGUCUUUUGUAUAUGGACAUCACUGUCUGGUUCUCGGAUGUUGACAUCGUAUUCAUGUCUCCAGAAAUCUACAACUAUCUGAUCUUUAAGCUUUCUUCCCGAAAGACGACCGAAGCCCUCUAUAGUCAGGAAACCGAACAGCAUAUCAUCAAUUCUGGCUUCUAUGUGAUGCGUCCCACAGACCUCAACAAGAAGGUCUUGCACGACUCAAUCGUCAUCCAGGAUCACCGUCCUGAUGUUACCCAACAGGGGGCCAUCAAUAUGGUGCUGGAUGAGAUCAACCUUAGCUAUCACUCUAGCCCUAUUGCACUCUUGGAUCUGGCCUUGUUCCCUCAGGGUCGUCUUUAUUUUGAGAGAAAUAUACCGGUCAAGUAUGGAUUUCAGCCCAUGAUUGUCCAUGCCAACUACCGUAUUGGAGAAGAAAAGAAGAAGUCCCUCCAGGAUGCCAAGUUGUGGUAUAUUGAUUAAAGUGUAUAUAUAAAUAUAUUACUACUCUCCGUCAAUUAUUAUAGAAUUAAAUACCGAUACUAUCAGCAACCCUGUCUUUCUAUCUAUACACAUAUACACACAAUAAAGAUAAGAUAAGAUAAGA